AUGGCCAAAGAGUCAUAUAAAGGCUCGCCAGGAAGCCCCGGCUGCUCAUACGUUGACAUGUCGAAUAGGAAUAUUGUGGAAGCCCUUUGA